AUGGCGGCAGCUGCGGCUCUUCCAACCUUCCCCCGACUAGUCUUCACCGUCUUCGAGCCCAUCUCACUUGUCGGCGGUUUCCUAGGUGCCGUUAUCAACCCGGAUUGGUUCAUAUCCGAGCAGAUCGUGCAGGGCGCCAUCUCGGCCGCCGUGCCGACUCCAGAAUCUGAUAAUGCCCGUCUCGUGGCCCUCCAGCUCGGGAACAUCUACCUGCUCAUGGCCAUGGUCGGGCUGGCCGUACUUAACCUCACCAGUGAGCUGAAAGUCGUGCGCGGGUACCUCGUUGCUCUUUGGAUAGCCGACCUUGGUCACAUUUACGUAUGCUACCAUGUUAUGGGCCUCGAUCGCUUCCUCGACGUGGCAAGCUGGAACUCCAUGGCCUGGGGCAACGUGGGAGUCACGGUGCGACCACCCUUCUCGUUCGAGCUAUGA